UCCAUCCACUUAAGGACUCUUAAGUCAAACAAUUAUUCUACAUCACCAUUUCCUCGUCUCUUCGCCAUGAAAGAAAAAUUCCAACGAGGAAGUACUCAGGUUUGCAUGCGGACACACACGCCAUUUCUUUCCAGUUGAAAAUUAGUUUCUUAUAAAAACUAUUAAAAAGUUUCUUAAAGCUAUUCAUCCUUUGAGACUAGUCAGGACCGUUCUUCCCGUGGCUGUGCAGGAAUUUCCUAGAGUAGAUGGGUUUAGUUACAGAUGCAACUGCAGGUCUCUCGCAUGGUGGAUUGUUCAUCUAGGGCUCUCCUAUUUCGUGGAAGAUAAAGAAGUAGCAGACGAUCUCUCGUUCCUCUGUUGAGGCUGAGUAUCUGAGUAUCGUUCCAUGGCAGCCGUGUUUCGCAUACUUAUCCUAUGUGUCUCCAUUGUGAUAGUCAAUCAACCCUCCACAUUGCAAAGAACUCGGUGUUCUAUGUACAUGUUUCUCUCACGUGUGAGGUCUAUGCUCAUGCAGCCAUUCCGGUAUCUGUCGGAUCGUUUUUCAUUUUUCAAUUUGGGCCAGGGAGGUACAGCUUCUUCCGGUCCUUCCAUUGAUUCCAACAGCAUCCAUAGCUAUAGAUAUGAUGUGUUUAUUAGUUUCAGUGGUGCUGACACCCGCAACACUUUUGUUGAUCAUCUUUAUGCUCAUCUAACUAGAAAGGGUAUUUUCGCCUUCAAGGAUGAUAUAAGGCUAGAGAAAGGAGAGUCCCUUUCGCCACAACUUGUACAAGCAAUUGCAAAUUCCCGAGUUUCUAUUGUUGUCUUUUCUCAAAAAUAUGUACUGUCAACAUGGUGUUUGGAAGAAAUGGCUACUAUUGCUGAAUGUCGUAAAGACUUGAAACAAACUGUGUUCCCUGUUUUUUUUGAUAUCGAUCCAUCUCAUGUACGAAAGCAGAGUGGGUUGUACCAGAAUGCCUUUGUUUUACACACGAGGAAAUUUAAAAAUGAUCCGAAUAAGGUUGUGAGAUGGAAGAGAGCCAUGGUCGAUUUAGCUGAAGUAGUUGGUUGGGAUGUUAGGAACAAGCCAGAGUUUCGAGAAAUUAAAAAUAUUGUUCAGGAAGUGAUAAAAACAUUGGGUCAUAAAUUCUCAGGGCUUACUGAUGACCUUAUUGGGAUACAACCUCGAGUAGAAGCAUUAGAAAGUCUUUUGAAAUUAAGCUCAAAGGAUGAUGAUUUCCGAGUUGUAGGUAUUUGGGGGAUGGCUGGAAUCGGAAAGACAACUCUCGCUUCUGUCUUGUAUGAUAGAAUCUCCUAUCAGUUUGAUGCAUAUUGUUUUAUUGAGAAUGUAAGCAAAAUUUAUAAAGAUGGCGGUGCUACUGCUGUACAGAUACAAAUCCUUCGACAAACCAUAAAUGAAAUAAAUCUAGAGACAUACAGCCCUUCUGAAAUAUCUGGAAUUGUAAGUAAUCGACUAUGCAGAAGAAAGAUUCUUGUAGUUCUUGACAAUGCUGAUCUAUUAGAGCAACUGGAAGAAUUGGCUAUAAAUCCCGAGUUGCUUGGCACAGGAAGCAGAAUGAUCAUUACAACUAGGGAUAUGCAUAUUCUAAGAGUGUUUGGAGCACAGUUAUCAGUCUCUCACGAUACACGUGUGUCGUAUGAUGUGUAUGAGGUUCCACUAUUAAAUAAGAAAGAUGCUUGCGAAUUAUUUUACAGAAAAGCUUUUAAAAGUAAGAAUCCCACUAGCGAAUGUGUGGAGCUGAUUCCAGAGGUACUGAACUAUGCUCAAGGUCUGCCAAUAGCAGUUCGAGUAGUGGGCUCUUUCUUAUGUACUCGAAAUGCUAGCCAAUGGAAAGAUGCCUUGGAUAGAUUGAGGAGUAAUCCAGACAAAAAAAUUAUGGAUGUGCUUCUGGUAGGUUUUGAGGGAUUACAUUCCGAGGAAAAAGAAAUAUUUCUGCAUAUUGCUUGUUUCUUCAAGGGGGAGAAGGAAGAUUAUGUGAAGCGAAUUUUAGAUGCUUGUGAUUUGCACCCUGUCAUUGGAAUUCAAAGUUUAGUAGAGAGGUCACUCAUAACUAUUAGAAAUCAGGAAAUUCAUAUGCAUGAUAUGUUGCAAGAAUUGGGGAAGAAAAUUGUCCGACAACAGUUUCCUGGCGAACCAGGAUCCUGGAGUAGAUUGUGGCUUUAUGAGGAUUUCUACAAUGUCAUGAUGACAGAAACGGGAACAAACAAGGUUAAAGCCAUAAUUCUAGAUCCAAAGGGGCAUAGUUCUGAAUACCCUUUGUUGAGGGCCGAAGGAUUGUCAAUAAUGAGAGGACUUAAAAUUCUUAUAUUACAUUUACAUCAUAAGAUAUUUUCAGGAAGUCUGGAUUUUGUUUCCAACAGCUUGCAGUAUCUUCUGUGGUAUGGUUACCCUUUUGCUUCUUUGCCAUUAAAUUUUGAGCCGUUUCGACUUGUUGAAUUGAAUAUGCCUUGUAGCCUUAUCCAACGACUAUGGGACGGUCACAAGGAUCUCCCUUGUUUGAAAAGGGUGGAUCUGAGCAACUCAAAAUGUCUUGUGGAGACACCAAAUUUUGCAGGAAGCCGGAGACUUGAGCGGCUAGAUCUUACGGGAUGCAUAAGCCUAUUUUAUGUCCAUCCAUCCAUUGGACUUUUGGAUAAACUUGUUUUCUUGAGUCUGGAAGGCUGCAGCAGUUUGGUCAGGCUCGUUCUUGAUGGUGACACUGCAUUUAACUUAUAUUCUCUCAAAGUUUUGCACCUGUCUGGCUGCACAAAACUUGAAAUGACACCCGUUUUUACCGAGGUGUCAAAUCUUGAGUAUCUUGAUAUUGAUCAAUGUACGAGUUUAGUGACGAUUGAUCAAUCGAUUGGGGACCUUACACGUCUUAAGUUCUUGAGUUUAAGAGACUGCACAAAUCUUGUCAGCAUGCCCAAAAGCAUUAGUUCUAUAAUACCAUCUCUUGGGACUUUAGACUUGUGUGGCUGCUUAAAAUUAAAGAAUCUACCCUUGGAGGGAAACAUAUCACUGCCUACAGAAAUUAUUGACCACUUUGAUGAUGUUAUCAUGUCUUUGAUUUUUUUGGACCUAAGCUUUUGCACUCUUAGUACAGUCCCUGAUGCUAUUGCAGAGUUAAGGUAUUUAGAAAGGCUAAACCUUGAAGGAAAUAGCUUCGAAUCACUACCAUCUUCAAUGGGGAGGCUUUCCAGACUAGCAUAUUUAAAUUUGGCGCAUUGCAGCAGGCUUCAAUCUUUGCCUGAGCUCCAAUUGUGUGCUACUUCUUCAUCUGGAGGAAACUAUUUUAAAUUAUUGUCUGGAUCUCAUAAUCAUAGGUCGGGAUUAUAUAUUUUCGAUUCUCCCCUCUUGGAGAUCCCAGAAGGAAGUCAUAACUUGGCACUUUCGUGGCUGAUGAAACUAGUUGAGAAACCUUGUCACUUCCGAAGUGGCCUAGAUAUUGUUGUUCCUGGAUACCCAUUUCCGUGGUGGUUUCAUCAUCAAUUUAAGGGAAACUCAACAGUUAGGAUAGCAGACUAUGCGGGUGAGUUUGACAAUUGGCUUGGCUUUGCCUUUGGCGUGACAUUUGUGGAAAAUCAUCGCCCGGCAACAUCUGGUUCUUCACAUUAUUCAUUGUCGUCACAUCUUCCCUAUCCUCUUUAUCUCUCUUUUGAAAGUGAACAAACGGAAGAAACCUUUGAUAUGCCGCUUCGGUUAGACCUGAACAAGGUUCAUGGCUCAUUUACAGGAGCGCAUUUCUGGCUAAUCUAUAUCUCUAGGCCCCACUGCCAUUUUGUAACAACAGGAGCACGUAUCACAUUUAAAGCUCACCCAGAUGUGGAGUUGAAAACAUGGGGAUUACGCAUGGUAUUCCAGCAUGAUAUCUCUAGUUCAUUCGAGUUGGAAAGUGAGAUUCAUCAACAAGAUCUUCACUUGGAUCAGGUAUAUGAAAGUAGCAGCAGCAGGAGUCCUGAAGUCCAGCUUCCUUAUAAUUGGUAUGUUACCGACGAGGAAGAGGAAAAGUUUAAAAUACAGCUUCGUUAUAAUUGGCAUGUUACCGAGGAAGAUGAAAAUGAGAAUAGAGAAGUAAAUAUGAAACAAAAUCAUCUCUCAAAUAUGGGACUUAACACGUAGUAGCCUGCUCAACAAAAGAAUAGGGAAACCGCUUUCCCUGAGAAGUUCAAACACAAACUAGCUAGGCAAUAGGCAAGGUUUAUCAAUGGAAGAAUACUACGACAUUGGAUUUGAUGCAAGUGAUAAGCAAGUAUAAUACGUUCUUCUCUCAGUUUUCUGUACAUUCUUAAAGUUUUAUUCAGUUUAGCUAGCUGAUCAACAAAUUAUACAUAAUCUAUUCCUGUAACUUUGAGUGUUAUUGUUUUUCAUAUUUCUUUCAGGUCAGGAUAUGCAGGCUGCAGAAACUGAAAAAAUGUUCCAUUAUAAAAGUUACAUAAUUUAGUUUGUGUAAUUACUGUUACUUUUGGUCAUUAGUAUUUUUGCAUUUUAUUGGAUUAUUGAAUGAUAGUUUAACCUCACCUUAUUCUUCCAUGUGUAAAAAUAUAAAAAAGGUAUAAUUGGUUAAUGAAACAUCAUGAUAUUUACAUUGAAUCAUCUUGAUUAAUUUGCCAGUUAUAUCUAUUUUUAUAGCCA